AUGACAUUGUGCAGUCAAGUGUGUCUGCUAAUGUGGAAAAACUGGCUGAUACAGAAACGUCGAUUAGCUAUCUCGAUUUUCGAGGUGAUCCUGCCUGCACUAUUCAGUUGUCUCUUACCCCUCGUCCGUGAUGCAGUGACACCGUCAUUUUUUCCCAAUCUGACAUACUUCGAGAACGAGACGAUCGUCACACAUCCCAGCUUCUUCCCCAAAGAUGGAAUCAUCGGCUACGCACCGGCAUCAAAUGCAACCACAGAUGUCAUGAGCCAUGUCUUCCUAUUACUGAUGAGAAACAUGCCGCCCAGCCAAAACCUUUCACUGAAAGGUUUUACGACAGAAAAGGAAAGCGUCACCUUCUACGAAGACAAUGUUUCACAUAUACAGCACAUCGUUGUUUUUCACGGAGUCGACAGCAAAAGCAACCUGAUGCCUAAAAAGGUUUCCUUCUCUAUUCUACCUCAUCUACGAAACAAAUUUUGGUAUACGAAUCUGAUGUACCCAUUCCUUGACAAUAAGAUGUUUGAAAGACGACAGAUUUACACGAAUCGUGCAGUACUGUAUCUACAAAGUCUGGUCGGCGAAGCUUUGGCCAGGUAUUGGACAGAAAAAGCUGGCAGAAAUCCAGAUAGCAUUGGUUUUGAAGUUUAUUCCAAAAGUUUCGUUUGUCCUCCUUACCGUGAGGAUCUUUUAGCCAAUUUAGUUCAGUCACAACUUCCUUUGUAUCUUAUUUUAAGCUUCAUGCUCAGCGUUGUCAUUGGCACAAAGAACAUAGUGACGGAGAAGGAGAAAAAACUCAAGGAGUCCAUGAAACUGAUGGGCCUAACAUCGACAGCCUACUGGCUCUCCUGGUACCUGACACUGUUAGUGUACUUGGUUCCAGUCAUGGCCAUGUACACGAUGAUGUUUUCACUGCCAGUCUCCAGCGGGGGCCCGGUGCUGUUUAACACAAACGGCAGUCUGUUUUUUGUUAUACUCUUGGUUUAUGCUCACGCGUUGAUCACGUACUGCUCCAUGAUCAGCACCUUAGUCCAGAAAG